UGGAAGUGAAUUUCCGGGUUAAGUUCGAUAAACAACGUACACGAGGAACAAUGGCUCUGUUAGCAGAACCUAAGAGAAAAGCAAAAUUUGGCCUUGAUCCACGUAAUACUAACUGGAGCAAUGAUGACACAAAAAUUGGGCAACGUCUGAUGGAGAAAAUGGGCUGGGAGAAGGGUAAAGGUUUAGGAGCAAAAGAGAAUGGUAUCACAGAGCACAUCAAAGCCAGUUACAAGUCUGACAGUAGAGGACUUGGGUGCACUCCUAAAGAUGCUGAUGCAUGGAUAGCUCAUCAAGAUGACUUCAAUGAUCUUCUCAAAACCUUAAAUGCUGGGACUGAUGAACAGAAAGAUACUAGCCUAGAGCAGAACCGAACUGAUGGCAUGAAAAGAUACUAUGGAAGAUUUGCUCGAGGCCGUGUGCAAAAACUGAGGACCACUGAAGAUCUGGACUGCAUAUUUGGAAAAAGAAAAAAUGCUUCUGAACCAGCUACUCCAGCCUCUCAAUCAACAAACAACUCAGAUGAUGAAGAAGAAGAACGACAUGGUUUAACAACAGUUACAAGUACUACCAGUGUUCAAGAAUAUUUUGCUAAAAAGAUGGCUGAGUUAAAAGCUAGGAAGGAAUCUGGUGUUGGCAAUGGCUUGGAAAGCAAAGACAGUGAUGUGCCCACUGAGGUUCAGAAGUCAGAAAACAGGGUGCCACCUGUAUAUGGUGCCAUGCCACCACCUUCACUGUAUGAAAAUGAUGAUAAUAGUCAGGACAAAAAGAUGGAGCCUGAAGAAGAGUCAGGCGGUAGAGGAUGGUAUCAGCAGGAUAAAUGGGAAGAUAGCAGUUCAAAAUCGCAUAAGAAGAAGAAAAAGAGGAAGCGAGAAGAUGAGGAUGUUGCUAUUGUAGGUGAAGAGAAUACAAAUUCAGCGAAGAAGUCUAGAAAAAGUGAAAAUUGUGAAGGAAGCAAAGUUAAAAAGUCCAAGAAAGAUAAAUAUGUGCUAGAUGUUAGCAUGGAAAAUGGGGAGGAAAAUAAAGAAGAGGAAAAUAGUGAUACUAAUAUUGAUAGAGUAUCUAAAAAAUCAAGGAAGUUAAAAAAUGUAACUUCAGAAGUUAACACAGUAGAAAAACCAACUACAGAUGAGAAAAAUAUUGAUUCAGACACGGUUAAAGUUUCUAAAAAAUCAAAGAAGUCAAAAAAAGGUUCUGAUGAUAAAUCAGUGGAAACUAUAUUGGAAAAACAAACUAAAGAAGAAAUGGAUACAGAUAUGGUUAAAGUUUCUAAGAAAUCAAAGAAGUUAAAAAAUAUAUGUUCUGAUGAUAGUAUAGUGGAAACUGUAUUGGAAAAACAAACUAAAGAAAAAGAAACAAUAGAUACAGAUAAGGUUAAAGUUUCUAAAAAAUCAAAGAAGGGAAAAAAUGUAUGUUCUGAUGAUAGUAUAGUGGAAACUGUAUUGGAAAAACAAACUAAAGAAAAAGAAAUAAUAGAUACAGAUACGGUUAAAGUUUCUAAAAAAUCAAAGAAGGGAAAAAAUGUAUGUUCUGAUGAUAGUAUAGUGGAAACUAUAUUGGAAAAACAUGAAGAAAUAAUGGAUACAGAUAAGGUCAAGGUUUCUAAAAGAUCAAAGAAGUCAAAAAAUGUAAGUUCAGAUGAUAAUCCACUGGAAACAAGUGAACUUGCAAGUGCCUGUAGUGGAAAGAAAAGUAAGAAAAUUGAUGUGACUCAAGAACAGACUGAAGACAUCAAUCUAGAAAAGGAAACGACAAAAGAGGAAGUAAAGGAAGCUGAAGUUUGUGAAAGUGUAAGCAAUGAAAAAGUUUCUAAAAAGAAAAAAAAGAAGAAAAACAAAAAAUCGAAAACUGUAAACUUGAAGAAAAAAGUGGGUUCUGGAAAAAAUCUAUUUCCAGGUUCAAAUUCGUUAGAAAUAGCAGGAUAUCCAAUAAAUUAAAUUGUUCUAUUAAUAAUGUGUAUAUAUAAAGAUGCCACCAGUGAAUAAUGUUAAUUAAGUAUCAAGAUUCUAUUUAUAACUUUCAAGA